CCGCCCGCCCGCGCGCUCCAUCCAGACACAAGAAGCGAGAGCAAGCAGAGCGCGGCGAGGCCGUUACGCAACAAGCACACGACAAGGAGAGGCUCCUGUCGAUCGGAGAGCACGCCACUCCACCAACGCAAGCUAGCGCCCUCGGUUGGCUCCUGGCGGCGACGGCCUCAACCUCGAUCGCCGGCUUUGUGUGUAUCGCUGAUCGGAGCGACUGCUAGCUGCUUCUGCCGUCGUCUCGUGCCCAUGGCCAUGGCGGAGCGAUUCGGAGCUCGGUGGCCGCCGUCCCACUUCUUAUUCGCCGGCGUGGUCCUCGUCCUGAUGACAGUUGCAGAUCGGCGAGUAGUGCUGAGAGCCGAAGCCAUGUCGGUCGGCAUCAACUACGGGCAGAUCGCCGACAACCUCCCCUCCCCAGCCCGGGUGUCGUGGAUGCUCCGGUCGAUGCAGGUGAGCAAGGUGAAGCUCUACGACGCGGACCCGUACGUGCUGAGCGCGUUCCUGGACACCGGCGUGGAGUUCGUCGUGGGCAUCGGCAACGAGAACGUGUCGGCGAUGAUGGACCCGGCGGCGGCGCAGGCGUGGAUCCAGCGGCACGUGCAGCCGUACCUCCCCGGCACGCGCAUCACCUGCAUCACCGUCGGCAACGAGGUGUUCAAGGGCAACGACACGGAGCUCAAGGCCAACCUCCUCCCCGCCAUGCAGUCCGUGUACCAGGCGGUCACCGCGCUGGGCCUGCAGGGCCGGGUGAACGUCACCACGGCGCACUCCCUGGACAUCAUGGGCAGCUCGUUCCCGCCCUCCGCCGGCGCGUUCCGGCCAGACGUCGUGCCGUACAUGCAGCCCAUCCUGAGCUUCCUGUCCAUGGCGAGGUCGCCGUUCCUCAUCAACUGCUACCCCUACUUCGCGUACAAGGCCGACCCCAACAACGUGCCGCUGGAGUACGUGCUGUUCCAGCCCAACGCCGGGGUCACCGACACCAACACCAAGCUCAACUACGACAACAUGCUGUACGCCCAGGUGGACUCGGUGUACGCCGCGAUCCAGGCGCUGGGGCACACCGACAUCGACGUUAAGAUCUCCGAGACCGGGUGGCCGUCCAGGGGAGACCCCGACGAGGCCGGCGCCACGCCGGAGUACGCCGGGACGUACAUCGGGAACCUCCUGCAGAGGAUCGAGAUGAAGCAGGGCACGCCGCUGAGGCCGUCGGUGCCCAUCGACGUCUACGUCUUCGCGCUGUUCAAUGAGAACCUGAAGCCGGGGCCGGCCUCCGAGCGGAACUACGGCUUGUUCUACCCCGACGGCACGCCGGUUUACAACGUCGGCCUGCGGGGCUACCUUCCGCCCAUGGAAUAUUCAGAAGGCACGAGAAAGGCAGUUCAUUUGCUUGCCCUCAUCCUCUUAGCCAUCUCAUUGAUCGCUCUCAACUUAUCCUGAGAUCAGGAUAUGCUGUUGACAACUCUGCUGUAAAUUUGAUGAAGAAAGCGUGGAGCCUGAGGAUCUCUUGCUGCUAGGAUUCCACCAGCAGAUCACAAGUCAUCAGAGAACUAACUAAGCGGCAUGUUCCGUCAGGGAAACUCCACAAGCAGAACGUCAUCAGCAAUGCUUUUUGAUCGUUGCCCAGCGAAAACAGUAGGAGUGAUUUUGAUAGCAUCCAGGAGACUAAAUUGGCUCCACACUGACAGUGAAGUAGAACUGACUGAAGAUUGGGGACGAUACGCGGCCAUUGCACGCAUUGUCUGAUAGAAUUUUCUCUAUGAUUUUUUUUUUGGGAAAAACUUCUCUUUGAUUUAUUCUCGAGAUGUCUUCUUUAUGCAACUGUACAUUUGUAUAUGCGAACAGAUAGGACACAAAUUUAGGCCAAGGCUGGCAAUUGUUACCUCAGACGGUGAUUUUGUUACUGUUUUUCUCUUAUUGCAGCCUCUGACAGCACUCUGCGCACACUUAAAAACAGUGUGUCGCAUUGAGCAUCAGCAA